AUUGAAUGAUUUCUCACGUUUGCAGCAACCAGUCUUCCUCAAAACAAACCACACACACAACUUGAGCCUUUUGGAGCAGUGAGAUAGAUCUUCGGGACAAUGGGUUCAGACAAACGAGUAAGCAGAACCGAGCGGAGCGGGAGGUACGGCUCCAUCAUCGACAGAGACGAGCGCGAUGAGCGGGAAUCCAGAAGCCGGCGGAGGGACUCGGACUACAAAAGGUCCAGUGACGACCGAAGAGGUGAUAGGUACGACGACUACCGAGACUAUGACAGUCCAGAGGUGAGUGCCGAGUCGGCCCCUGCCAUCGUUGGGGUCAUGAGCUGCAUGCGCAAGACUUGCCGGCCUUCUCGAAAUAAAUGUAGCAAACAUGGAGCUCGAUUGCCCUUCUGCAGACAGCUCCUAGGACACCUGCAUCCACUGGGGCAUCUGGCGCCACCAGACAUGGUCGCAGGGGGAGCGUGGAAACUGGCGCUCCGCAGAGGGGUCAGGUUGGCCUGGGCUCGUUGGACCAUGGCCAAGCCGGCUUCUGUCAACGGCAGGAGCGCAGUCGCCAGUCUGGAGUCCCGGUCCUGCUUCAUGUCCUCGGGCCUGGGCCAGCAGGUUGUUCCCCAGGUCCUCUCCAUCUCUCCGCUUUACCUCCUACAUGAUGGCGCGCCCCACUCCCCUGUGGUCCUGGCAAACCUCCUCAUCAGAGCCCCUGCCUUCCCCGAGGGCACCUUCCCGUGGGACUUCUCCCCCAAGCGCCAAACGCUCUUCUCCAGCUCCACGUCCUCCUGGGACAUGGUGGCGGCGGCGGCGGCGGCUGCGCAGCACUCCAAGAGGGUCUCCGCUGCACGCCCACCCCGCCGGCCGCUACCUCGCCGCACCCGUCGCUUGUUUUACCCGCAAACAUAUUCUACCCCCGUGCAGAUUCGAGAACUGAUGAAAUCCUUUGAGGGUCCUCAGCCUGCGGACGUGCGGCUGAUGAAGAGGAAGACAGGUGUAAGCCGUGGUUUCGCCUUCGUGGAGUUUUAUCACUUGCAAGAUGCUACCAGCUGGAUGGAAGCCAAUCAGAAAAAGUUGGUGAUCCAGGGGAAGCACAUUGCGAUGCACUACAGCAACCCCAGACCCAAGUUUGAGGACUGGCUGUGCAACAAGUGUUGCCUUAACAAUUUCAGGAAGAGACUCAAAUGCUUCCGGUGUGGGGCCGACAAGUUUGAUUCUGAACAGGAAGUGCCCUCCGGAGCCACGGAGUCGGUCCAGUCUGUGGAUUACUAUUGCGACACGAUCAUUCUUCGGAAUAUAGCUCCACACACCGUGGUGGAUUCCAUCAUGACGGCGCUGGCCCCCUACGCGUCCUUAGCUGUCAGUAACAUUCGCCUCAUCAAGGACAAGCAGACCCAGCAGAACAGAGGCUUCGCGUUCGUGCAGCUGUCCUCGGCAAUGGAUGCUUCCCAGUUGCUGCAGAUAUUACAGAGUCUUCAUCCUCCUUUGAAAAUUGAUGGCAAAACGAUUGGGGUUGAUUUUGCCAAAAGUGCCCGAAAGUAAGGCACGUGCUUUCAGUAUUCACAGGACUACCAGCAGUUUUAUCAGCAACAAGCUGGAGGGCUGGAGUCUGACGCCUCGUCCACAUCAGGCACAGCAGUGACAACGACCUCUGCAGCUGUUGUGUCCCAGAGUCCCCAGCUGUAUAAUCAAACCUCCAAUCCACCCAGCUCUCCGACUGAGGAGGCACAGCCUAGCACUAGCACAAGUACACAGGCACCAGCCGCUCCCCCCACUGGUGUCAUUCCUGGUACCAAAUAUGCAGUGCCUGACACGUCCACUUACCAGUAUGAUGAGUCUUCCGGCUAUUACUAUGACCCCACAACAGGACUCUACUAUGACCCUAACUCACAGUACUACUACAACGCAUUAACGCAGCAGUACCUCUACUGGGACGGCGAGAAGGAGACCUACAUGCCAGCUGCCGAGUCCAGCGCCCACCAGCAGACAGGCCUGCCGCCUGCAAAAGAGGGGAAGGAGAAGAAGGAGAAACCCAAGAGCAAAACAGCCCAGCAGAUCGCUAAAGACAUGGAACGCUGGGCUAAGAGUUUAAACAAGCAGAAAGAAAACUUUAAAAAUAGUUUUCAACCCGUCAACUCCUUGAGGGAAGAGGAGAGGAGAGAAUCGGCUGCAGCAGACGCUGGCUUCGCGCUCUUUGAGAAGAAGGGAGCCUUAGCAGAAAGGCAGCAGCUCAUUCCCGAACUGGUGCGCAAUGGAGAGGAGGAGAACCCCCUCAAAAGGGGCCUGGUUGCAGCAUACAGUGGUGACAGUGACAACGAGGAGGAGCUGGUGGAGAGGCUUGAAAGUGAGGAGGAGAAGCUGGCCGACUGGAAGAAGAUGGCCUGCCUCCUGUGCCGACGCCAGUUCCCCAACCGGGACGCCCUGCUCAGGCACCAGCAGCUCUCGGGCCUGCACAAGCAAAACAUGGACAUGUACAGGAGGGCCCGGCUGAGUGAGCAGGAGCUGGAGGCCUUGGAGCUGAGGGAGAGAGAGAUGAAGUACAGAGACCGAGCUGCCGAGAGACGGGAGAAGUACGGCAUUCCAGAACCCCCCGAGCCGAAGCGCAAGAAGCAGUCGGAUGCUGGCUCCGUGAACUACGAGCAGCCCACCAAAGACGGCAUUGACCACAGUAACAUUGGCAACAAGAUGCUGCAGGCCAUGGGCUGGCGGGAAGGCUCGGGGCUGGGGAGGAAGUGUCAGGGGAUCACCGCUCCCAUCGAGGCUCAAGUGCGGCUGAAAGGAGCUGGCCUCGGAGCCAAAGGCAGCGCAUAUGGCUUGUCAGGGGCCGACUCGUACAAGGACGCCGUCCGGAAAGCCAUGUUUGCCCGCUUCACUGAGAUGGAGUGAGUCCCGCCGGCCCGGCACCCGCCAUGCAGGCCUUGAUCCUCAAUGCUGGCUCCGUGCGGGCACCUGUGCUCCUAACACUUCUUAGGCUGAACCACUUUAUCCCGUGGGGUUCUCCCCUCUCCCCUUAAAGGAGCCCCCAAAUAUGGGCUGUCUGGUGCGUGGCCUUCUUUCCUGCCAGAGACUGGGGAGCUGGACGCCGGGGUGGG